AUAGGGACUUAAAGGGACUCACAGGUGUACAGUAAUACGUGAGUCACACAGCGCAGCCGUUCGCAGAGAAGCGAUUAAAUGUUUACUCUUAAGUCAGCGUGAGAAAAAGGAGCCUUUUUGCGUUAGAGUCACAUUGGGAGCGUUUCUUUUUUCAGACUACAGCCAUGUGAUGGCAUAUGAGUCGAGUGUAAUGUAACAAUCCCCACCGACGCUUGUGCAGUGUUUGACGCUCAGUGACAUGACAUGGACGGCGGAGUGUCUCACUGAGAGCAGAUGAACUGAAGAACGAUGUCGGACCAGGGUUAUGGCUUAACUUUAUCAGCUGCGCCCCCGCUUCGCAGGGGCAGCACCCCCCUGCCAAUCAAGCAUCAGCUGAGGCGAGAGGAAGCUGUGUCCGAGGAUUACGAUUGGACGCCGGGGCUCGACGAGCCUGCGACUCCGCAAAUCAGCGUCAGCAAUAUCCAAGAUUCUCCUUCCCCGAAACCGCCGCAGCAAAAGUACCACGGACCCCUUCGGAUAGUACUUCUAGGCCAAAAUGGAGUGGGCAAAUCCUCUCUGGCGCUUUGCCUUGCUGGACUUUCAGACAGAUCACUCUCUGUAGACUCUGAAACCCAAGCAACCGAUGAGGGUUACCAGCGGCGAGUGACCGUGGAUGAUGAGGACAGCACAAUUUUAGUAUAUGACAAUUGGAAACAGGAGCUGUCUACUCUGCAGUGUGAGGUGUGCAUCCUUGUGUUCUCGUUGACGGACAGGCGUAGCUUCCACCGGAUCGCUCAGCUCCGCCUACUGUUGAGGGAGACGCUGCCGCACACCCCCAUCAUCCUAGUGGGCAACAAGAGUGACCUUGUGCGCUCCCGUGAGAUCAGCACAGAGGAGGCGCACUCCAGCGCAAUGAUGUUUGGCUGCCUGUAUAUGGAGCUCUCCGUUUCUCUGGACCACCGCACUAAUGACCUGUUGGAAGCGGCUGUGAGAGCAGCCCGAGGCCACAACCUAGGCCCCGGCUGGACAGAGGGGUCUCCUACGGCGGCCCGCCGAGAGAGCUUGACCAGCAGGGCCAAGCGCUUUCUGUCAGGGCUCGUUCCGCGCUCCCACCUCGGGGGCCGAGACAGGGACAGGGAGGGCGCCAGAGACAGAGACCUCAGCAGACACAGAGGAAGCAGGAUGCUCAGGCAGAAAUCACGUUCUUGUCAUGACCUCAGUGCUCUAAUGUAACCGAAAGUGACCGAGAGAGAAAAGGAGAGGAGGUGUUAAAGGAGGCUAGAGGAGAGAUUGCAGAACUGCAUGUAAGAUUGACAGGUGAGGAGAUAAGAGACAGUGUUUCCGCACCACUUCACAGAGGAGAUAAUUCUCCGGAGAUAUUACCUAAACUAGUAUGUGUGAAAUUAGUUGUUUAUACCAGUCUCUCCGUCAUUGAACGUGACAGUGGUGCAGCGAAAUCUAGCAGUGUAUAAACUAUCCUGACAGAACAUGACCUUUAAGGUUCUGAAAGGCCUAUAAACAGACAGACCGACAUAAAUAUAGCACUGGAUCUCAGUAUAAUGAGCGCAUCAUGCUGGCUCUGGCAGGCUGUUAGUAAUAGAGUAGCUCCUUUAGUAGAAGCAUGCUGACACAGCACGGAUGCAGAACAGUAGUAAAAGUCCUGUCGUAAAAAAAAAAAGCCCGCCAGCACAGAAUAAGAUGCUUUAGUUAAUGCAUGGAUUUAGCGUUUUAGCUUUUCUCACUCUACCUGCACAACGACAGCAUAUUUUCAGGUUUAGGGGAACCAUAUGAAGAGAUUUAAAGUGAAGGAAUCAUUGAGAAACCCUAUUGGUUGACAGGGCUGCACAAUAUUACGGGUCUGUUUAUACCUGGUCAAUUUAUCAAUUUAUCCGUUUUCAAGACCAGGUGUAAAUGCCCUUCAAAAAGCUUUUGAGAUUGAUUUAAAUCCAAUUGCACAAACCAUUUCAGGAGGUGGUUUGGAACGCAUUCCAAUUGAAACUGGACAAGUGUAAAUGCAACAGGUUGUUGUAACCGCAUAUGUAAAUUUUACUUCUCCCAAAAUGUUAAAAUAAUAAACGUGAGAGCGUGUAGUCAGAUAUGACAGUGCUGAUGCAACACGAAAUUCUGCAGAUGAGUAGCUUAAUGUCUCUUUAGCAAACCGAUGCGCAAACUGAAAAAUGAAACUGAAAGUGAGUCGCAGAUGCUCACAGUCAUCUUCAUUAAAGGUAGUGUGGCUAACUUAACUUUCAAGUUCUGGUCUUGAAAUUAGCUUAUGAUGAAUAAAAUGCAGCACAUAUCUGUUGCUUUCGUUGAUGCGAACUUAAAUUUGCAUAUUGGCGUGGGAAUUGUAGUUUGGAUAUAUAUUCAUUUUGCGGAAACAUUUAUUUGGUCAGGUGUAAAAAAAUCAGAUUGAUAUCCGAUCAGAGAAAAUGCAUGAAGUGACCAGGUGUAAACAAGCCCUAAGUUAUUUCAUUUUUGCUGUUAUAUGACAAAAUAAAGAAAUUUAUUUCUUUAUAAGCACUGUCAUGCUUCACUCUGAAACACAGAAAUCGAAGUCCUGCGAUUUAAUAAUACCAACAUCAUAAUACAGUUUAGAGCAAUUAUUUUAAUACAUCGUGCAGCCCUGUUGGCCAACUACUAAUAGGAGUAAUGUCAAUGGUGGUUACAGCUCUGGGAAAACACUGUCUUAACCCAGACAUACUGUAGUCUUGGGUAGCCUGGAAAGUCUAAAAAAAAAAGAAAAUCUAACUUCAUGUAAAGCAACUAAAUACAUUUGAUUUUUCACACCUUUUAGGGGAAAACUUGUCUGAAAUAGAUUCUACUACAAUAUUAGACUGCAGUGUAAAAACAGAAAAUAACAGGAAAAUAAUAUAAAAAAUAACAGAUGCUGUGUAAAAACAUUCUCAAGGUCGGUUGUGAAGAACAAAGCCGUUUUAUUUGAUGCCACCAACCUGGAAAACCUUUGCAGAUCCAGUGACUAGUUCCUCCUCAAAAGCGCUCAUUGGUGCUUUGUAACUUAGCUAACUUGUGCUUUUUAUCAAAAUAUCAAAGCCACUGAGAAGAUAUUUAAUGUUUUAUACACAUUUUUAUGAAAUGAGAUAUCAUUAUGGCCUGGGCUAUUUGCCAUUACAGCACAGAAAUUAAAACCAAGCAACUGACAAAUUAUUGCUUUAUGCCACCACAUCUGGUUAGGACAAGAUGUUAAUCACAAUGUGAACUGAACUUAUGAAUUCCCAUUAUACACAUAAGGUUUAUUGGCUAACCUCAUCCAAACUAUGGAUGUGUUGACCCCUGAGUGGGGAUGUUUACUAAUGCGCUCUGUUAAUGCAGAGGCAUAUGGCACCUAAGAAAUAUGCUUUUAGACUAAUCACAAAGCAUCGUGCAACAUAUGCGGCUGAAUCAGCACAGAACUGCGGAGGAGUGGUAAUGAUAUUCACAAGUUAUUUUUUAUUGUCUUACUAUAAACAGCCGGCCAGUUGUGGUAAUUGCGAAUUGUACCUUCAAGGGCUUUGUUUACAAGCGGAAUUAGCACUUGCUAAAAUAGUUUGCAUAUGCGGUUUCCGUAGCGUGAUGAACGAUUUGAAAAAGCGGCAUACAGCUGGUUUAACAUCCUUUAGAAAACACAUACUCCUGGUUGUGGUUGGAAUUAAUUGGCUUGUCAUAAUUUUUAAGAACAGGAAGAAAAUAUUUAAACAUAAGCAAUGUUUGUGAUUAGGUACUGAUGAGUUUCUCCCUCAAACAAUUAUUAGUGAAAUGUAAUCUUUGACGCACAUUAAUGACUUCAGUCAAUCAGGCCUAAAGUACAUACUCAGAUAUUCACCUAUAAUGAAGUCUUAACCGUAGGGAGGCCCACUCAGAGCAAAAUCACGUUAAUUGAUUGUUUUAAGAUGUAAUGGGACAUUUUGCAAUGUAACAGCAAAAUGUUGUUGUUCUUCUGAUAUUAACAUCAAUUUAAGCUCUUAAUUACGUGCACUCGUAAUUAAACUCCAAUGUAGUGGGAGUAAUGCACAGACCUGUUAUUUAAUGAGCAUAAAAUAAGAAAGCAGGCAAUAUUAGGUAAUCAGUGUUGGCAGGGAAAGCAGAUUGGUCUGUAGAGAGAGCUUUGAUAAUGUCCCUCGAGUCAGACAGGGCAAACGCUAGAGAAUAACUCGGUUGUGUCAAAUUACCAUUGAACUAAUUUGACACCUCACUCUAUUAUGAAAGCAAGCCAUCUUUACACUCGAUUCUGUCUGACAAGAGAAUAAACCGACUGACUCUCAUAUUCCUUUAUACGGGUCGAUUGUAAUAAAUAGUAUUUGGUAUUUAGCUACACGCAGUAGCUAAAUGCAAGUCUCAGAGAUUGAAUAGGCACUUUCAGUCAACGCCAUAAAACCCUGGGUUCAGGUUAAAACUGCUUAAACCUUUAAAUUUCCUCUUACUUCACUUUCCUAAAUGAAUUGUCACCAAAAAGGAACGGAUGUUAGGACAAGCAAUAUUGAGAAGGGCCCACUUUGUCAUGUAGUCUUAAAGCA